GCAUUGUUUGUCGUCUAACCGUCGCGCUUCUUUGAAUGAUUCUUUUAUUUGUUAUUGUAAUAAUUGUAUACUUUAGAUGAUAUUGAUAUGUUUAAUAAACUUUUUAAAAUUGAUUUCGUAAUUUUAAAUAUAAGUUGAAAUAAAUAUUUUUGUGAAUAUAUGUGAAUUGUUUAAAAGGUAGUAUUAGUGUCACUUUUGACAGAUGUUAUAACCUAAAACAGUGAUAUGAAAAUCAUACAAAACUUACUUUAGACCUGUGAAUUUGUUUUAUAAUGCUGCUUUUAGAUGCCAACUGUAAUCAACAAUAGUAUUGACACAACGCGCCAGGUAGACGGCACCAAAAUGCAACUAGAAUCAUUGGAAUUAGCUGGUUGCACACUAGACCGGUAUAUAAGUGCGGAUAAUUCGCGCCCUUCGUUUUUAGAGAUUACUGGUAUAGCCUCUCAUAGAAGUCCAACAUGCAGUGGUCUGAAUGCUGGAGACUACAGGAACCUCGCCGCCCUUGUGAAUCACCCCAGCUUGUCGCAAUUGAAGAUAUUAAAUAAAGUUCCACUGCCACCUGAAAUUAUGGAACAUUUUGCCCAUAUGCAGUGUCACUGUUUAAUGGGAGUAUUUCCUGAAAUCAGCAGAGUCUGGCUAGCCAUAGAUAGCAAUAUUUAUGUUUGGGCCUUUGAGCAUGGUAGUGAUGUAGCCUAUUUUGAUGGACUAGGGGAGACCAUAGUUAGUGUGGGCUUAGUGAAACCCAAGUCCGGAGUGUUCCAAAACUUUGUGAAAUAUUUAUUAGUGCUCACAACUACAGUUGAAAUAGUAGUAUUAGGAGUAACAUUCUCAUCUAGUAAAAAUGAUGGUUCUGGAGAAUUCCAAGAAAUACAUUUAGUUCCAGAGCCAGUGUUUGUGUUGCCAACAGAUGGUAUAUCUAUGAUGUGUGUUAAAUCAACGGAUAAAGGCCGGAUCUUUAUGGGUGGUAAAGAUGGAUGCCUCUAUGAAAUUACAUAUCAGGCUCAACUAGGUUGGUUUGGCAAGCACUGCAAGAAAGUGAACCACUCAACAAGUACUCUAUCAUUCCUAGUGCCUACAUUCCUCAGUGCAGCCCUGUAUGAUGAGGAUCCUAUAGUUAAGAUUGAAGUAGACAAUUCAAGAAACAUUCUUUAUACAUUAAGUGAAAAGGGAUGCAUAGAAGUAUUUGAUUUAGGCCCUGAUGGAGAGGGUUUGAGCAGGGUUGUGAGACUGACACAGGGAAAAAUUGUUUCAUCAGCUUUUGAUAUUGUCAAGACAUUGGAACCUAAUAACUUCAAACCUGUAGUAGCCAUAUCUGCUGUAGAGGAAUCAGAAUCAGAUCACCUUAAUUUAGUUGCUGUUACACAGACGGGUGCGCGUUUGUACUUCAGUACUGGAAGUUCAGAUGCGACUCCUGGUGGGUCUCAAAGACCGCAAUACUUGACGUUACUUCAUGUGCGACUACCGCCCGGAUUCACGCCUAACUCGUCAGUAUUGAAGCCGAAACAAGUCCACAGCGCCGUGUAUGAGAAUGGUUCACUGGUUAUGGUGUGCUCUGCGGGUGGUGGCGGAGAGGCAGAGACGUUGUGGUGUUUGUCCCGCGUGUUAGCCUCUACUUCCACCUUCAGUGAGUCACAUACAUUGCUGGCUCUUGAUGGACCAGCCUGGGCACUCACAGCAUUGCCUCACCAUCAUUCUAAGCAUCUGUCUCAAGCUCUGCUCUCCAAAAAAGAGGUUUGGAGUGUAUCCCGCUGGGCAGUAGUGACAGGGGCGGGCGCUUGCGUGGUGGAGGCGGGCGCCGCGCCCGACUUGCUGAGAGCGCUACUGCGAGACUGCCGAGGACCUGAUGCACAUCCAGUCAAGGACUUUUUCCAGUUAUACAGCGUGGAACAAGCGUGUGCGUGCGCUUUAUACUUGGCUUGUGAGGAUAUUACCAGUGGUGACCUCUCAAUAAGUGAGUGGGCGACCCGAGCAUUCUUCCUCUAUGGCAGUCAGUUGGCUCCAUCGCCCAUGUACCAACAGCCUUCACAAAUGCCCACUACUAUAGGUUCGCCAAAGUUCUCACCACGUCAAAUGUCUACGCCUAUGUCUAUUCGAGGCCCACAAGGCCAACUGCAGCCAGGAAAAUUAAACCAAUCAUACCAGGGACCUAUGAAUCAAUCUUUCCCUGGUUCACCUAAUCAGUCUAUGAUGCCACAGUCACCAUUCCAUCAAUCCAUGAUGAGCCCUGGGUUCAAUCAGUCAUCAUUUGUAGGCAAUAUGACUCAGCAACCAAGAGAUCCCAAUUUCCCAAUGCCCAUAGAAUACAGUGCAAAGCACAAUGGUCUCUAUAUUUACAUUGGUAGAAUCUUAGCUCCCAUAUGGGGUUUGAAAUGUGUGACAAUGUCACAAUCUCCAGAUAAAAAGGAAUUUAUGAGUAGCAAAGUGACUGGUGAGGAUUGUGCAUACAUAGUUCAAAAACUGCAGCGUGUGGCUGCCUUCAUGCAACGAACUCUUGCACCGCCGCAUUCCGACGAGCAUGCUUCCCUGCAGGCCCUUAAGUUAUUUAUUACAAUGGCAAUAGAAAUGCUAAGUUUAUGGAAAGUUCUCUGCGAGCACCAGUUCCAUGUGAUCGCUGCUAGUCUUCCACCUGAACAACAGAACGCGUUGCAAGCUGCUAGUUAUAGAGAAUUAUUGGUUGGUGGUCAGGAAGUAGCAUGUCUACUCCUCGGAUCUCUAGUCGCCGGAUAUUUAAGAGACAACGCGUCAGUCGAUGGAAUCUCUCAGAAAUUGAGACAACUCUGUCCAACACUAUAUCGGCAAGAAGAUGCUACUUGUUCCAAGGCCAAUGAAUUGUUGAUAUUUGCUAAACAACAGAAGAAUCCUGCUGAACGAGAAGAAAUGCUUCAGCAUGCUCUAAAAUUAUGUAAAGAUGUAGCCCCAAAUGUGAAUCUGCCGUUGGUGUGCUCCAAACUGGUGUCGGCUGGUUUUUACUCGGGGGUCGUUGAACUUUGUGUCGCAUGUGCUUCUAAAUUGGAUCCUCAAGACAAAGCCGUGCAUUAUUACAAGAGCGACCAACCCUCACAGGAUAGAGAAGGACACUUUAUUUACUACAGAAGGAUGGAGAUAUACCGCGAAGUGUGCUCAGCCCUAGAGCGUUUGUACGAACGCAGCGCAGAAGCUUCAAGCAGUGAACCGUCUCCACUGCGAUCCCAGCCUAAUAACGACAACAUCCUCACCAUGUCGCCUGCUGACGCCAAUUACCAAGGAAGGAAGUUGGUAUGGGAAUGUCUCUCCAGAGAUGACGAACUUUUGCACGUCGCUGUUUAUGAGUGGCUAGUCUCCAAACAUUUGGGAUCAGAGCUGCUAUCGCUGGGUACUGCGCCCCCGGCGUCUUUGCGUACGUACCUGCAGGCGGCGGCGCGGUCUGCAGCCCCCAGCGCCGCGCUGCAUCUGCUGGACCUGCUUUGGAAGGUGCUGGAGAAAAGUGGAGAUCAUCUCGCUGCUGCUAAUGUAUUGGAAGGUCUGGCUACUAGACCUGGGUCGGGCGCGAGCCUGGCGCAGCGCAUGUCGUGGCUGUCGGCGGGCGUGGUGUGCGUGCGGGGCGCGGGCGCGGGCGGCGCGGGCGCGGGCGGCGCCGAGCUGCUGCGGCGCCUGGAGGAGGCGGCCGAGGUGGCGCGUCUGCAGGCCGCCGUCCGCGCCGCCGCCGCCGCGCUGCCGCCCGCGCUGCAGCCCCACCCCCACCACAUGCAGCGCCUCGACGACGACCUGCUCGAGAUCACGCAGCUUUACGAAGAAUAUGCAGAUCGCUACAAUCUGUGGGAAUGCAAGCUUGCCAUCGUGCAAUGCUCUGGCCAUAAUGACGCACUCUUAGUUGAGAAUAUUUGGAGUAAUAUCCUCGCCGAGGCAGAGGCUGCUGCUAGGAAUCUUCCUACGCCUGACGAGAAACUGGCUUCAGUGCUUAGCAAGCUGACUAGCUUAGGCAGGGAAUAUGUCAACACUGGACAUUGUUUCCCUCUGUAUUUCAUUGUACGUCAAUUAGAAAUAAUGAGCUGUAAGCUUCAAGCCGAUCGUGGGAUGGUAUUUAAAACAAUUUUAAAUAUUGGUGUGUCACUGGAACAAGUGCUGGACAUCUACAUCAAACUGGUGAGCGUGAACGAGCGCGUGUGGCUGGGCAGUGGCGACGAGAGCCACGUGUGUCGCGCGGCGGCCGCCCUGCUGGACGCGGCGCGCGCCCACCUGCUGCCGCUGGCCGCGCCCGCGCGGCGCCGCGCGCUCGCGCGCUGCAAGGACCUGCACGACGCCGCGCUCUCCGCGCUGCAGGCGCGGCCCAACACUCAACGUCUCAUCGAACGGCUGUCAGUUGCGCAGGCGCACUUGGACCGCUUGGAUUGAAUUUAGUUGUAAUUUCUAAUUUAAGUUGAUAAAACUCGUAUUAAGUUUAUACAAGUGCAGAUUACUUAAUACAAAUCUAAGAGCUUGUCAAGUCUUCAGUUUAAUCUGUUAUUCUAGGUAUUUUUAUGCAUGGAUCAAAUUUAAAUGGUUAACUGGUUAAAUCUUUGGGAACUAAGUCUGCUUUAUAUAUAUAAAAAAAAACCAAAUUCAUUGACUGAUUUUUUAUUUAAUAUUUUCAUAAAUUACUAAACAUACAAAAAGUCAUACAGUAAUUAAUUACUAUUAAAUAAUUUUCUAAUAUAUUAUUAAACUAUUUUCUGUUAACAUAAUUAUUGCAGUGGCAGUGACAUACAAACAUUCUCCUCAUAAAAUUAUGUAUAAUGUACAAAUGUGUUGAAUCAUGUGCAUAAUUAUAAAUAUAUGUGAUUAUGCAUCAAAAGGCACUAUGAAUAUGAUUUCUAUUUUUGUAAAUAAACGAUGAUAAUAUAAGAACAAACCGGCUUGUGAUUUAUGUACCUCGUUGAAUGUGAUAUGCUUAGUGAGAUCUAACAUUUAUAUUGAUCGUAAAUUAAUAUUAUUCUAUUAAUAUUUACAAUCCAGAUUCCCUAGGGGUGAAAUAAGUUUGGAAAACGCCAGUAGUACUCAGCGUGUCCUUUAAAUUAACAAAAGUACGAAAUUAAUGAUAAAUGGAUAAUGACUAUGAGGAGUCUUCGUCGAAAGGGUUUGUAUUUACCUGCUGAUGAGAUGGAUGGUGCUCAUCGUCUGGGUAAGAGUACACUCCGCUAUGCUGGCCUCCACUGACCGUGGGCAGCCCCACAGUAUUCAUUGUAGAGACCGCGUUAUUAUACUGCUGAUGUUUAGUGGGAUCUCUCCCUGUAGAGUUCUUUCUUAUGACUGUUGUGUAAGUUGGCGUUGUCUUAGUCGGAAUGUCUUUAAUUCUGGUUCCCGCACGAUAAGUACCGAAUUCGUCCGGUGGAGGUGGCAACGAAAAUCCAUCAGAAUUUUGUGUUAUUUCGGAAGCCUCGUCACUAAGUUCUUUGGCGAGUUUGUGUCGCAUUUUCCUUGGCAUCGUAUAGAAUGUAUUCAUC